GUUCCACUCACUGUCACUUUCUGCAUAUAUACCCAUCGUCUUCUCUCCUGCCGGCUGCGUCCAGCAGUUGUCAACUCCCAAGGCUGCCAAGCGUUGCCGCCCAACCGCCAGAAGAAUUAAAGAGGGGCCGGACUGCUGCAUGCGCCAUUGCCGCCCUCUUCCCCCUCCUUGGCUUCAACUCCAAGGCUCCAAGCUAGCAUGCUUGCUUUCCAAACCAAGGGAGGAGUAGGAGUAAUUAACCACCCGUCCGUCUAUCCAAGCACCACCGGCACUUGACACCACAUUCUGCUGCAAGCACAAGAAUGGAUCAGUGGAGGCAGCAACUGAUUGAUUGAUUGAUUGAUUGGUCGAUCUAGGCACCACCUCAUCUCAUGGCGAAACGUAGGAGUCUGGUGCCUUGCUGCAUGUGCACUCCGCGGGUGGCCUCGCCGGCGACCGCCGAUGCCAUGGACGUCGUCAAGGUUAAGGUCACCGACAGAUACGUUGAGAUUAAAAAUGGCAUCUUCGGGCUGACGUUGUCCAACCCCGACGGGAUCGUGACCGGCGUGCGGUACAAUGGUGUGGAUAAUCUCAUGGAGAUUCUUAACAAAGAAGACAACAGAGGGUACUGGGACGUUGUUUGGAAUCCACCAGGACAGAGAACUGGCAUAUUCGAUGUGAUCAAAGGCACAGAAUUCCGCAUCAUAUAUCAUGAUGACAACCAGGCCGAGGUCUCCUUCACCAGAUCAUGGGAUCCUUCUCUGGAAGGGAAAGCUGUUCCCUUGAUCAUUGAUAAGAGGUUCAUCGUGCUACGUGGCAGCUCAGGAUUCUACACCUAUGGAAUCUACGAGCAUAAGGAAGGGUGGCCUGAUUUUGGCUUGGGAGAGACCAGGGUGGCCUUCAAGCUUCGGAAAGACAAGUUCCAUUACAUGGCAAUGGCUGACAAUAGGCAGAGAAUAAUGCCAAUGCCUGAUGACCGGUUGCCUCCCCGGGGCCAGCCAUUAGCAUACCCUGAGGCUGUCCUCCUUGUGGAUCCAAUUAAUCCUGAACUCAAAGGGGAGGUCGAUGACAAGUACCAAUACUCGUGUGAAGACCAAUAUAAUAAUGUCCAUGGAUGGAUAUCAUCCGAUCCUCCGAUUGGCUUCUGGCAGAUCACACCGAGUGAUGAGUUUCGGACCGGAGGACCUCUCAAGCAGAAUUUGACAUCUCAUGUUGGGCCCACAAUGCUCGCUAUGUUCCUUAGCGCUCAUUAUGCCGGGGAUGACCUUUCGCCCAAGUUCACAAAUGGAGAAUACUGGAAAAAGGUUCACGGACCGGUCUUCCUGUACCUUAACUCAAGUUGGGACGGAAGUGACCCAAGUCUGCUAUGGGAGGAUGCAAAAGUUCAGACGGUGAUUGAGAAAGAGAGCUGGCCAUAUUCUUUUGCACUUUCUGAGGAUUUUCAGAAGACUGAGCAAAGAGGCUGUGUCUCUGGUAGAUUGCUGGUUAGAGACAGGUACAUAGAUGCUGAGGAUUUGUAUGCCACAUCAGCCUAUGUAGGCUUAGCACUACCAGGAGAGGCUGGAUCCUGGCAAAGAGAGUGCAAGGGAUACCAAUUCUGGUGUAGAGCAGAUGCAGAUGGGAGCUUCUACAUAAGGAACAUCGUGACCGGAAACUACAACCUUUAUGCAUGGGUUCCAGGUUUCAUAGGGGACUACAAAUUUUCUGCCACGCUAACAAUCUCUUCAGGUGAUGAUAUCUACCUGGGUGACCUUGUAUAUGAGCCGCCAAGAGACGGCCCGACGAUGUGGGAGAUCGGCAUACCCGAUCGAUCUGCUGCCGAGUUCUAUGUUCCAGACCCCAACCCCAACUAUGUCAACAGACUGUUCAUCAAUCAUCCUGACAGGUUCAGGCAGUAUGGGCUUUGGGAAAGAUACGCAGAACUGUAUCCGGACCGUGAUCUGGUAUACACAAUCGGUGAAAGCGACUAUCGCACCGACUGGUUCUACGCUCAGGUUACCAGGAGAACUGAUGAGAACACAUACCAGCCAACGACAUGGCAAAUCCGGUUUGACCUCGACAAUGUCCCACCAAACAGCACCUACAAGUUCAGGGUGGCGCUUGCCUCUUCAGCCAUUGCCGAACUGCAGAUCCGGUUCAACGAUCAAGACAGGGGAGCUCCUCACUUCAGCUCUGGGCUCAUCGGGCGCGACAACACGAUCGCGCGGCACGGGAUCCAUGGCCUGUACUGGCUGUUCACUGUCGAUGUGAGCGGCGCCUGGCUUGUGCAAGGGAUGAACACCGUCUACCUGAAGCAGCCCAGGAGCCAGAGCCCGUUUCAGGGGCUCAUGUAUGAUUACCUGCGCUUGGAAGGACCAUGUGGCUGCUGAAUUGUGUGUCUUAUUAAUUCCGUAUUAAUUUAAGGCUAAUUGUGAUACUAUUAGCUUGCCUUAAUGCCUUGCCUAGCUUAAUUAUGCGUGUUGUGUUGUGUUGUGUAGAGAUGUGGUGUUGUGUAGUUGAGGUAUGUAUAUGAUUCAGCAGCAUCCAUGUACUAGCAAUAGUGUAAUACGUGACUAAGAUCAUUGUACUCACUUCGUUCAAGAAACGAUGUCUCAAGUUUGUCAAAAUUUAGAUA